AGUUCGUGCCAGAACAUAUCUUCCUCGGCUUUAUGCGCAGAAUAUCCGCAUCGGAGCAUGUUAUAAAAUCCUGUUCGAUAUUUAUAAAAAUUUUCAAAAUUGACAUGCGUGUGAGUGUUAAUGUGUGGUAGUAUAUUGCGGCAUUUUCCUAUUGUACUUAAGAAUGCACUCCGAUAUAAUUGCUUGCCAACGCAGAAGUUUAACGACUUGAUUAAAUGUUUUCGCUUGAUUACAAAGUAAGCAAUUCGCACAAGAAAAAGGGAGAACAACUGAUUUUAGGUUUGCAGUUUAUUGAUGAUACGAACACGGGCUACAAUUGAAAAUCUCUAGAAAUUUACACUCUCAUGAUAUACUUGUAGAAUAGCGAUUGAUAGAAUGGCAAGUAAUAUGACAGAUCGGGGCUGGGCAUGGAUGAUUGUUGUUGGAGUGACUGUUAUCAAUCUAGCCGUACUUCCGGUCCAGCAAUGUUUCGGCCUUAUCUUCGCAGAACGUUUCGCAAGUCUCGGCAUCACUGCGACGCAAACGAGUCUGAUUCUUCAUCUUAAUGGAACAAUAACAUGCAGUCUCGGUCUCAUAAGUGGUCCAAUGAUGAAGAGAUUCGCUUUCCGUCAGGUCGCAUACUUCGGCAGCUUGACAGUCGUCCUCGGAAUUUGCGCCGCUGCCUUCGCAGUUUCACUCCCAACUCUUAUUAUCACUUACUGCAUUGUCAUUGGUAUCGGCCAAGGAAUUCUUUUUCCAGCGACAACAUUAGCUCUGAACACAUAUUUUCGCAAGAAACGUAAUGUAGCUAUGGGUUUUUCAGUUACAUUAACUGGUCUGGGUCCAAUUUUAAUGCCCCUUUUGAUAGAUGUACUUCUCGAGAAUUUUGCUACGAUCGGCACUCUCCUGACCCUUGCUGGAAUCGCUGCACAUUCCUUCAUUGGUGCAUCAUUAUUGAGACCAUUUGAAAAGAAGAAAGAGCAGAGUGCUCUGAUAGACAAAACUACUGAUAUAUCGAAAGAGGAAAAUUCAAGUGUCGAUGAAGCAAAUGUAGAAAAUAACGCUGUUCAAUUAUUAUUAAAUGAACGGAAUGUUGAAGAGGAAAGACAACCAAACUGUCGUCCAGAGAAUAGCGAAAGAGAAGUAAAAAAAGAUAAACAAACUUCGUUCCUUAAAAGAAUUGUUACAAACAUGGAUCUCGAUCUUCUUCGUGAUAAUCGCUAUAUAGCGAUAGUACUAGGUAUGAGUGUCUCUUUGGUGGCCGAGACGAAUUUCAACGCAACGAUACCUUUCAUCCUAGCCGAAUUGGCGAACCUCGAUAGAACGUCGAUAGCUACGAUAAUGUCGAUUCAAGCUGCCGCGGAUAUUACAGGACGCCUCUGUGUACCAUUGUUGGCACAAAAAGCCGGCUGGACCUGCAGGAAUCUUUAUGUGCUAUCUCUGCUAGGAUCGACCUUUGGAAGGACUAUUUUAUCAACGUGGGGUGAUACUUACGUCAUUGUAAUCGGAGUAGCCCUGAUAAUUGGAUUGGCGAAGGGAACCAAAGCUGUCUUCCAAGCUCUAAUCAUUCCUAAUUACGUACCAUUGGAGAGGUUGCCGGCUGCAUCCGGUAUUCAGAUGGUUUGUAAUGGCAUCCUGUCUAUCAGCCUGGGACCAAUUAUUGGUCUAGUGCACGAUUCAACAAAUAGUUACGUAGGUGCGCUUUAUUUCACAUCCUUUCUCAGCCUGUCCUGUGUCUUUCUGUGGUUGAUAGGUGGACUGUGGAUUUUUAAUAGAAAUAAGUUGAAUGAACAAAAUCCAUCAGAAGAACAAUAAAAUUUUCAUAAAAAUACGUAAUUGAUUAAAUU